UCUGCGUUCUUCCUUUUCUUUGUUUUGUUUCAAAACAGAUGACCAUGACGUUGCCGAGGGUCUUGCCGUUGCUGCUCCUCCUCCUCCUUUCGUCCCUGCUCCCUACGAGAGGAGGAGAGUCGUAUGCGGCGAUCAGUUGCCGGAAGCACAGUGCGUCGCUGGUGGAUUUCGGAGGCGUCGGGGACGGGAAGACGUCGAACACAGAGGCGUUCAGGCGGGCGGUUGCAAACCUGAGCGGGUAUGCGGGGGAUGGCGGGGCGCAGCUGGUGGUGCCGGCGGGGAAGUGGCUGACGGGGAGCUUCAAUCUCACCAGCCACUUCACGCUCUACCUCGAGAAAGACGCCACUCUUCUGGCAUCCCAGGAUGAAUCGGAAUGGCCGCAUCUGGCUAUCUUGCCGUCAUACGGGAGAGGAAGAGAUGCUCCCGGCGGACGGUACAGCAGCCUAAUUUUCGGUACAAAUCUCACUGACGUAGUGAUCACAGGAAAUAAUGGCACCAUAAACGGACAGGGUGCUUACUGGUGGGACAAGUUCAAGAAAGAUGAACUGAACCUGACUCGACCUUACCUUAUCGAAAUCAUGUUCUCGGAUCGGGUCCAGAUAUCUAAUCUUACCUUGCUUGAUUCUCCUUCGUGGUUCAUUCAUCCAGUUUACAGCAGCAAUAUUUUGGUUCAAGGGCUAACCAUCCUCGCACCAAUUGAUUCUCCGAAUACUGAUGGAGUAGACCCUGAUUCAUGCACGAAUGUCCGAAUUGAGGAUUGCUACAUAGUGUCCGGAGAUGACUGCAUCGCAAUCAAGAGUGGCUGGGACGAGUACGGGAUUAAGUUUGGAAUGCCGACACGACACGUGAUUAUAAGACGGCUUACUUGCAUUUCUCCAGACAGUGCCACGAUAGCUCUUGGCAGCGAGAUGUCUGGUGGAAUCCAAGACGUUAGAGCCGAGGAUAUCAUGGCCAUCAACACCCAAUCGGGGGUCAGAAUCAAAACCGCUCCCGGAAGAGGAGCCUAUGUCAAGGACAUUUUCGCGAAGGGGAUGACAAUGAAGACCAUGAAGUACGUGUUUUGGAUGACGGGUGCCUAUAAUUCCCACCCUGAUCCUGGGUACGAUCCUAAGGCGCUACCUGUGAUCCAAGGCAUAAAUUACAGAGACAUCAUGGCUAGCAAUGUGACUUACUCGGCAAGGCUUGAAGGAAUAAAAGGAGAUCCUUUUACUGGGAUCUGCAUUUCAAAUGUCCAUAUUGAAUUGAGCGAAGAACGGAAGAAACUACAGUGGAACUGCACGGACAUAGCAGGAGCGACGCACAACGUGACUCCUGUGGCUUGUCACCUGUUGCCCGAGAAGGAACCGGCGAUAGACUGCCCUUUUCCUACGGAUAGGCUGCCAAUUGAGGAUGUGCAGUUGAAGACCUGUUCUGUUCCUUACAACUAUGUUCGCUAGUGUUUGCAGAG